AUGACGUCUUCAAGUAGUGAUAUUGUACCAGUUGGCACAAUAAUCAAAGAAAGAUGGAGAGUUUACACUAAAAUUGGUGGCGGUGGUUUUGGAGAAAUCUAUGAAGCUGUUGAUUUGGUCAAUCAACAAAAGGUUGCUGUGAAAGUCGAAUCAGCACAACAACCAAAACAAGUAUUGAAAAUGGAAGUUGCUGUACUUAAACGACUACAAGGACGUGCGCACACAUGUCGUUUUAUUGGGUGCGGUAGGAAUGAACAGUUUAAUUAUAUAGUAAUGAGUCUUCAAGGUAAAAAUCUAGCAGAUUUAAGACGAUCAACUCGUCGUGGAUGUUUUACUAUAAGUACAACUGUACGACUAGCUCGUCAAAUGCUUGUUGCUAUUGAAAAUGUUCAUAAUGUUGGGUUUCUUCAUAGAGAUAUAAAACCAUCAAAUUUCGCACUAGGAAUUGGGGUUGGACCUGGUGCUGUAAGUCCUCGACAAAUUGUGCUUCUUGACUUUGGACUGGCUCGUCAGUAUACAACUGCAAAUGGAGAUAUUCGCGCUCCUAGACAGGUAGCCGGUUUUCGUGGUACUGUCAGGUACGCUUCUGUUAAUGCCCAUUUAAAUAAAGAACUUGGACGCCACGAUGAUCUUUGGUCGUUGUAUUACAUGCUUGGUGAAUUCAUAGUUGGUGAAUUACCUUGGCGAAAAAUUAAAGAUAAGGAGCAGGUUGGCUUGCUGAAACAGACUUUUGAUCAUAAUCAGUUACUGAAGUUUAUGCCACGUGAAUUCAGACCAUUUCUUGAACAUAUUCAAAAUCUGACCUAUUUUGAUCGCCCAGACUACAUGUAUUUGCAUUCCUUACUGAAUGCCUAUAUGGAACGUCGUAGGAUAAAUGAAUCUGAUCCAUUUGAUUGGGAGAUAACAACCGAACCUACUCCAACCACUGGUGUUAGUGAAACUAAUCAGCACCAUACAACACAAACACCUCUUGUAACCCAACAAGCUGUUCAGGUCACUGUAGCUGGGAUACAAGGAACACUAGAUGUUUCCAAGUUCCGGAAGGGUAUUCCUUCUGGAGUAGGUCAAAAUCGUGCAAAUGUUGGUCCAGGAGGACUAGCAGGGUCAAGUGGAUAUAUAAGUGGAACUAAACUGGCUGGAAGUAGUUCAAACAUAGCUGUUGCGAGUCCAGGUGCAACUACUUCAUUGGCAAAUGUAGGGAAAUCCUUUGAUGCUGUCCAGUGUCAUGGUGGAUCAAAUGGUACUGUUCUAAAUUCAAGGUCGGGUAUAGUUUCACACCAUCGUAAUACUGCCGACGAACUUUUGAGCAAUCAAAAUUCUCAACAUCAACACGGUAACAAUACACCGCGUAAAUCAUUUUCAAAUGCAGGCGCACGAUCUCAUCGACCUGCCACUACUCCACGUCUUGUUAAAGAAGCUGGAGCGGCGAGAGCUCGUGAAGCUGCUUCUAAGGAUAUCACCAAAACAGAUCAUUAUUGUCCCCCACAUUCUCAAGCUAAUCGUGUUUCUCCUUCAGCUAAAGUUGGUAAUACCGACUCAACAUGUCAACCAACGGAAAAUUCUAUACCAAUAAGUUGUGGAUACCGUAAUAAUGAUCCAAAUAAACUUCAACCUGGUAUAGGAACAGCUAAUAGCAAUUCAUCUAAUCGUCGUCCUAUAAGUGCAGGUUCAGCUCAUCUUAGAAGCACUGGUACUAUGGGAAGUACAGCAAGUGUUGCUGGGGCUGGUUCAGGGACGCGGUGCGAUACAAGUUGCACACAUGCUGUUAUUGUAUUGGUAGACCAAGGAGAAAACAGUAAUUAUCAUGAUAUGACAAAAGCUGUUCCACUUACACUUGCUAGUCAUUGGAUUGCUGGUGGAGAAGAUGGAGAAUGUUCGGUCCUUUCUGAAAACGAAGAUGCUGUCGUGAAAGUCAAAGGUCCCGUUUCUUCUGUUGCAAGUGCUUCUAAUGGGGUUGGAGACGAAUACGAUGCUUCCAAUCAUUUGAACAAAUUUAAUGAGACAAAUAAUCAGUUACUUGAUUGUGUCAAUGGAGAAGGUAACGAAGUAUUCCCCAGAAUGCCAUCAGAAAAUGGUAAUAAUAACGAUAAUCACUUUUGUAAUUGUGAGCCUAACAUAACAAAUUCUCAGCGAAUCUUUCAAAAUUCUGGAGAUGUAAACAAGGAUGUUGGAUCUGGUUCUUAUCUAGAGCCGGAAUCAGAUGAAAAUAGUGGGGAUAGAUCUUCAAUGAAUGCACCUUAUGUUACUCCUGGUAGACAAAUAUCCAUUUCUUCACAACACACAUUUGGAGAUAUUGAAAGUAGUUCUUACAGACAUAAUAAUAAUAAUAAUAUUAAUUCUUUUGGAAAUCGAGGUGUUGCGCGUAAACUAUCUCAAGGAUUUCGUCGACAAAGAGCACUACCUCAAUAUCUCACUUCAGAAUCGAGACUACUUCCAAGUUAUGGUAUUCCUACAGCCAAAGAAAGUUGUUUGACCAAUUCACCAACUCGUUUGAAAUCUUUUAAAAGUGAUAAUGAUAAUAAUUGGAAUACUCGAUAUAGUGGUGAUAUAAUGUCUCAAUCGCCAGUUCCAUUUCCACGUUCUACAAGUCCAUACUAUCCUCACGUCUUAGAAAUCGUUGAUGAAAAUAUUAGUGUACCAGUUUCUAAGCAGUCACCGUACGUUAUGCAAGAGAUGGUUGAUCGGAGAGGUCGAAUCCAGUACAAAGAUUUUCAUGAUCAUGAUUAUCGUGAACCAGGUAAACUAAUCAACGAAUUUCAUUGUGAUCAAAUUGUUAAUUCAAAUAAUAAUAAUAAUAACAAUAGCACAACUAAUAGCCAAAAUUAUUUAAAUACAUGGAAGUUUAAUCAAAUCAAUAAUCGUUUUCCUACAUCACCACAGUUAAAUUCUCCUAAUCCUAUACACCAUCAUUUACGACCUUUUGAAAAUCAAUCAAAUCAUAUGAGUCGUUCAAUGGUAUUAUCACAAACUAGUGGUACUGAUCCAUCAUCCACAUAUCACCAUUUCAUGCAUCCAUUACAAAUAAAUAAUGAAAAUAAUGAAAUCAGUUUAAAUCCACCAAACUCAUCAUAUUCUGUUGAUGGUCCUAUUGUUUAUAAAUCACCAUUUCAAUAUUCCUCAUCGUCACCAUCUGUAACAAAACCAUUAACUACUACUAUAUUAUCGCGUGAUUAUUUUCGGUCUCGUCCUGAUAUAUCUUCAGCAUCACGUCAGUAUUAUGUCCCACAAUCAAAUAAUCAUUUCAGUACGACAGCACGACGUCCUGCAUUAUCGACUGAACAACAUAAUACAUUCUUAAAAGCAUCAUUUUCUAAAUCUGAGCAUAAUCUUUUACAUGCUACGGAUAGUCUACCGGAAUUGGAAGAUAAACGAUUUCAGCCUACAGUUGAAGAUGAUAGUUAUUUGAUUGAAUAUUCUACAAAUCCAAUUGUUUGUAAAUCCCUCAUUGAUACUAAUCCAGCUGUUGAAAUAAUGAAUAAAUCUUUAUAUCAAUUAAAUAUAUCAAAACCAUCCAUUGAUCAUACGUUUGAACGUUUAUCUAAACCAAAUCCAUUAUACUGUAUUCGACCAACUCAACAUGCAGUUGAUAUGUGA